UCCGAUGUCCGUGUUGCGCUUUCCAUGAGGCUUUUUGGCCUCAAGAGGCGCUUGUAGCACUUGGUAGAAAGAGGGGAGGCUUAUCGUGGCGGCUGGGUAAAGAUGGCGGCUUUGGCUCGUUGUUACCGGGUCCUUUUACCGCCAAGGACAGGUUAUGGCACGUCUCCAUCAGUAUUGAACGUUUUUCAGCAAGACCGCCAUGUUCAUUACGCUAUGAUUCCUCAUGGAAGGAGUGGGCGCUCCUCUGUCAGUGGCAUUACAGCCACUGUCUUUGGGGCAACAGGAUUCCUGGGUCGUUACGUUGUUAAUCACCUGGGACGUAUUGGUUCCCAAGUCAUCAUUCCAUAUCGCUGUGAUCAGUAUGACCUUAUGUAUCUUCGGCCUAUGGGUGACCUGGGACAGCUCAUUUUUAUGGAAUGGGAUUCACACAACAAAGAUUCUACAAGAAGAGUUCUUGAACAUAGCAAUGUAGUCAUCAAUCUUGUUGGGAAAGAAUGGGAAACAAGAAACUUCAGAUAUGAGGAUGUCUUCGUUAAAAUUCCCAAGCAGAUUGCUCAGCUCUCAAGGGAAGCUGGAGUAGAAAAAUUUAUUCACAUUUCUCAUCUGAAUGCAGACAUGAAGAGUCCUUCAAAAUACCUUAGGAAUAAAGCAGUCGGAGAGAGCGUUGUGAGGGAGGAAUUUCCAGAUGCCAUCAUUAUGAAGCCUUCUGAAAUGUUUGGAAGAGAGGACAGGUUUUUGAAUCAUUAUGCAAACAUGCGCUGGUUUGUUGGGGUGCCACUGAUUGCAUUUGGCAAGAAAACUGUGAAGCAGCCUAUCUAUGUUGUUGAUGUAGCCAAGGCAAUAAUCAGUGCUAUUAAAGACCCAGAUUCUAAAGGGAAAACAUAUGCAUUAACUGGACCUAAUAGAUACCUCCUUUAUGACUUCGUAGAAUAUAUUUACGCGGUGCUCCACAGAGUUUUCCUCCCAUAUCCAUUGCCUCGUCCUCUAUAUCAUUUACUUGCAAGAAUCUUUGAAACAAAUCCAUUUGAACCAUGGAUAACAAAAGACAAAGUAGACCGGUUCCAUACAACAGACAAGAAGUUCCCUGAUCUUCCUGGGCUGGAGGACUUGGGUAUUGUCCCAACACCAGUAGAACAGAAAGCGAUUGAAGUCCUGCGACGUCACCGCACAUUCCGCUGGUUGGACACAGAGCUUGAGGAAGCAAAACCAGCCAGACCCAUUACCAACAUGUAACAACUUACAUCCGGCUGAAAUUGUAUUGUCUUCAUGUGUUUGAAGAAAACGGUGUAUGCAAAGUUAAAUCCGUAGAUAAAUCAAGUAACCUUUAUGUUA